GAAGGGGCGGGACCAAGGGUCGAGUUUUUUUCAAGAGAGAGGAAAUCCUUAGGAAAUGUGUGGGAUCACGCUCAGUGUUUCCAAGUAGCCUGGACAUUAUUGUCAAACUAUUAUCAUUGUGUAACGUUAGCUCCUGGUGCCUGUCGAACAUCCGAUACAAACACGGGUGUGGUGACCGACAAGUAAGGGGGGGAAUAGGGGAAGCGACCGUCGUUAGGUCAAAAUGUCGAUUCAGUACGAGGUGGAACAGCUGGCUGACAGCUACGGGGUUGCAGACUCGUUCCCCAAAGAUUUCGGUUACGGUGAAGAGGAGGCCGACAUCGAGGGCAGCCCAGCGCCGUCCGACAGCAAACCGAGAAUCCUGCUCAUGGGUUUGAGAAGAAGUGGCAAGUCGUCGAUACAGAAGGUGGUGUUCCACAAAAUGUCUCCCAAUGAGACCUUGUUUCUGGAGAGCACCAACAAGAUCUACAAGGACGACAUCUCCAGCAGCUCCUUUGUCAACUUCCAGAUUUGGGACUUCCCAGGUCAGGUUGACUUCUUCGACCCCACCUUCGACUACGAGAUGAUCUUCAGAGGAACGGGGGCUUUGAUAUUUGUCAUCGAUGCUCAGGAUGAUUAUGUCGAGGCUCUGGGCAGGCUUCACCUCACUGUGUCGCGGGCCUACCGAGUCAAUCCGGAGAUCAACUUCGAGGUGUUUAUCCACAAAGUGGACGGCCUCUCGGACGACCACAAGAUCGAGACUCAGAGAGACAUCCAUCAGAGAGCCAAUGACGAUCUGGCAGACGCCAGCUUAGAAAAACUUCAUCUCAGCUUUUACUUGACAAGUAUUUACGACCACUCCAUCUUUGAGGCCUUCAGCAAAGUGGUGCAGAAGCUCAUCCCUCAGCUUCCCACUCUGGAAAACCUUCUAAACAUCUUCAUUUCUAAUUCAGGGAUAGAGAAGGCCUUUCUGUUCGAUGUGGUCAGUAAGAUCUACAUCGCCACCGACAGCUCUCCUGUGGACAUGCAGUCCUAUGAGCUGUGCUGCGAUAUGAUUGAUGUGGUCAUUGACGUCUCCUGCAUCUACGGUCUGAGGGAGGAUGGCAGCGGCAGUGCCUACGACAAGGAGUCCAUGGCUAUCAUCAAGCUCAACAACACCACUGUGCUGUACCUGAAAGAGGUCACCAAGUUCCUGGCCCUUGUCUGCAUCCUGAGAGAAGAAAGCUUCGAGCGCAAAGGCUUGAUAGACUACAACUUCCACUGUUUCCGGAAGGCCAUUCACGAAGUAUUUGAGGUGGGCGUUUCCACCCAGCAUCCAGUGGGCUCCCAGGCGGUGGGCUCUCCCUGCACCAAGGUCGUUGCACUGAACGGCACGCCGCGCAACACUGUCUAGACUCUGAUGCCAAAUAAAAAAAAAUAAAAAGAUGCAAAAUGAGGGUAGAGGGAAGGAAAGAUGGAGAAGGGCACGGGGAGCCUGUAGAGGAGAGACUACUGAAGGGGGGGCUCACCGGCGUGCAAAUCACAAUCCCUUUCUCCCAGCACAUAAAGUGCUGAGAGACGGCUUGAGCCCAGAGUGUGUGAGACGGCGCUGGAGCACAGCGGGGUCAGGCUUCUCAUGCUAAGACGGAAGGGAAAUUCAAGCAUUCGUACCAGGCGAGCGCAAGGCACCGUGUUGGCUGUGAGGAAGUCAAGAGAGCAGAACUGCACCUGGACAGGAAAAGGUUCAGGAUCUUUCUUUGUAUUUCCUAAAGCGGUCAGAGGCUGUGAUGAUUAUCUGCUGGUCCUUCUAAAUGAACAACGUGAGGAGGAAAAACAAACCCUCAUUUUAACCUCUUGCUUUGGACAAACUGUGAUGUCAGUCUUCAGGAAUCUGUGUAGUGAUGAACCCACCCUGACCACUUCUGUGCUGAUUUGGGAAAAGAAACAAAAACAACAUAAAAAGAUGGUGGAUGUGAACCAUUGGACCCACACAUGUUCAGAGAUGGCCUUAUGUAGAUGAAGCUUGUCUGCAGUGCAAGCUUCCUCUCACCACAACUCACCUCACUCUACCUGAAUGCUGCCCAAAACUCGCUUUUUGGUUUCACUUGUGAAGGGAAAACAAGGUUUUGUAGCGGACUGAAAAGGGAUUGUGCUGUCCGUCGAACUUGGUUGUGUAUGUGUGUGUAUGUGUGUGUGUAUGUAUGCAUGAGUCAGUGAGAGGUUGCGAUUAGAUCCCGGACUGAGAUCUAAUUUGUCUGGACUGGUGAGGGGUCUUUACAGGAAGAGUGUACUGUAUACUGUCCUUCUCUAUAACAACAGCUUAGCAUAAUUAAACCCUUUUCAAUCAGUGAAAUUAACUUUCCUGUGUGUGCGCCACUGAAAUUCAAACUCUUGAUUGACUUUUGUGAUGUGUUUUAAAAACAACAACAAAAAAAAUAUUUCGCUGGAUCUUUGGAAAUGGUCUGCAAAAGCACUGCCUACAUGAUUUGGAAAAAAAUGAUGAAAAUAUGUCAUGAUUAAAACCUUUUUUGUUGCCAUCUAAGAAAGAAAUGUAUUAGGCCUGGUCGAGGGGCAGGACUGAUGGAGGGGUUCACACUUUAUGUUAGCUGACAUUGUGUGAUGGUGAUCUUAUGAACUCAUUGAAAUUUGCAUGUUUUUCCACCCACAGCUGCAGUCCUGCCUAAAAUUACUACGUGCAAAUCACAGAUUUAGUUUGGCUCACGAAGGACCCAUUCCAAGCAUGCAUACAUACGUCAGUGUGUUAUCAACUUGUAUUGUUGUCAACUAUAACACUGCUCAUUGUAUUCAACGGUGAGAAAGGAUACUAACCAAGAAAAUGAAUCAGAUAAAGGAGGAGAAGAAGACAACCUCUUGCCAUUACAAUGACAUGUAAAAUGUUUGUGCUUGCGUUUUCUGUUUGUUUGUAUCAGUGGUGAGAAGUGGAAACUGUGGCAGGCACCCGACUCGCAGAGCACGAUCAGCGUGCUGUCUUGAUAAAUUUUGCAGAGUAAAUCGUUGCGUUCCAGGUUUGAAGAUGUUUGGGGUUUUACUCAGCAGAGUUAUUCAGGAAGUCUUUCAUGAGGCAGUUUCACCAGGCUGGUGAACUUGCUUCUCAACGCAGGCCCAAGAUCUUCUCAGCAUAGUCAUUAUCACCUGGAAAUAAACACUUGCACAUCUAAAACUGUGAUGGAUGAUUGAUUUGGUGUAUUGUGAUGCUAUACUAUGUGAAAUAAAUGAAAAUUUACAUUUU